GGAGAAGCAGCAACGGCUGCUCUACUUCCUUCCCAUCUCGCACUUGGGACAUGCCCGGCCAGCAGAAAGCAGCUCCAUAGGGGAGGAGAGCCACGGAGAAUCUCACAGCUGCAGUCUAAUAGUAACACAGAGGAUUCAGCAGUGGCCACCAUGGGUUCUGUGAAUUCCAGAGGUCACAAGGCGGAAGCCCAGGUGGUGAUGAUGGGCUUGGACUCUGCGGGCAAGACGACGCUCCUUUACAAGCUGAAGGGCCACCAGCUGGUGGAGACCCUGCCCACUGUUGGUUUCAACGUGGAGCCUCUGAAAGCUCCUGGGCACGUGUCACUGACUCUCUGGGACGUUGGGGGGCAGGCUCCGCUCAGAGCCAGCUGGAAGGACUAUCUGGAAGGCGCAGAUAUCCUUGUGUAUGUGCUAGACAGCACAGAUGAAGCCCGCUUACCCGAGUCGGCGGCUGAACUCACAGAAGUCCUGAAUGACCCCAACAUGGCUGGCGUCCCCUUCUUGGUGCUGGCCAACAAGCAGGAGGCACCUGGUGCACUUCCGCUGCUUAAGAUCAGAAACAGUCUGAGUCUAGAGAGAUUCCAGGACCACUGCUGGGAGCUCCGGGGCUGCAGUGCCCUCACUGGGGAGGGGCUGUCCGAGGCCCUGCAGAGCCUGCGGAGCCUCCUGAAAUCUCGCAGCUGCGUGUGUCUGCAGGCGAGAGCCCGUGGGGCUGAGCGCGGAGAUAGCUAGAGAUCUUGAUCCAGACAGAGCAGCAUAUCUUUACUCAUACAAACUAGAAGAACCAGCUGAUCCUUGAGAAAUUUACGCUCAGUCUAUCAAACAAGAAAUGCUGGCUUGGCCCGGUGGCUCAUGCCUGUAAUCCCAGCACUUUGGGAGACCACGGUGGGGGAAUCCCUCUAGCCCAGGAGUUGGAGAGCAACAUCACAAGACCCCAUUUCUACUAAUAAUCAAAAAAUUGGCGGGGCAUAGUGGCGUGUGCCUGUAGUCCCAGCUACUUGGGAGGCUGAGGCAGGAGAAUCGCUUGAGCCGGGGAGGUAGAGGUUGCAGUGAGCCAGGAUCGCGCCACUGCACUCCAGUCUGGGCGAGAGAGUGAGACCCUGUCUCAAUAAUAAUAAUGAUGAUACUCUAAGAAAAAAAAUCUCACCAUACUUCAUUUAAUAGCUCAUUACCAAGUUUGAAUGAAGCAAUAUAUCAUAAUAGAGUAGCCACAGGUUGCAUAAUAAUAGAGACCUAAAUUCUCAAAUAGGGAAAGAGGUUUUAAAAUCAAAUUUGAGGCCAGGUGCAGUGGCUUAUGCCUGUAAUCCCAGCACUUUGGGUGGCUGAGGCGGGCAGAUUACUUGAGGCCAGGGGUUCAAGACCAGCCUGGCCAACAUGGUGAAACCCCAUCUCUACUGAAAAUACAAAAAUUAGGCAUGGCGUUGCAUGCCUGCAGUCCCAGCUACUCAGGAGGUUGAGGCAGAAGAAUUGCUUGAACCCAGGAAGUGGAGGUUGCCGUGAGCCGAGAUUGUGCUGCUGCACUCCAGCCUGGGUGGAAAAGACAGGCUGUGUCUCCAAAAAGAAAAAAAAAAAGUCAAAUUCAAAUAUCAUCUGGACAUGUCACAAUGGAUCACAGAUCCUUAUGAGUGAUUUUCCCCAGUGGCCCCUGGGGAUGUGCCAUUGUCGCUUGGAAGGCAAGCUAGGCAGGGCCCAUACAACAGCAGGGGCCUGCAGGUUAGACAUUCCCUGCCCUGGGACGCUCACCCCUGGACAAGAGCCUGGAAGUUCACACCAUCCAAAAUUUAUCCUUUUUUUUUUCUGAUGCUAAUUAGCCUCUCCCGAUUUUAUGACAUCUUGUGUUGAUCUUUUUCAAAAACUCAUUUUCCUUUUUAUUCCUUCUCUUUUCUCAUUCUUGUAGCACAUAUCUUUCCUUAAAGAUCAGAUCAAUAAAAUAUUUUAUUUAUUCACUAAUUU